CCGAGUGCGGAGGUGGUGGGGGUUGUAGCGGUUCCGUUUUGCUGACGGCCCCGGGCUCAGCUGCUGGGCCAAGAUGCCGGCCGUGUCGAAGGGAGACGGGAUGCGGGGCCUGGCGGUCUUCAUCUCCGACAUCAGGAACUGCAAAAGCAAAGAAGCAGAGAUAAAGAGGAUAAACAAAGAACUGGCAAACAUUCGGUCAAAAUUUAAAGGUGACAAGGCUCUGGAUGGUUACAGUAAGAAAAAGUAUGUCUGCAAGCUACUUUUCAUCUUCCUCCUGGGGCAUGAUAUUGACUUUGGCCACAUGGAGGCUGUAAACCUACUGAGUUCUAACAGAUACACAGAGAAACAAAUUGGAUAUCUUUUCAUCUCCGUGCUAGUGAACUCCAACAGUGAGCUGAUCCGCUUGAUAAACAAUGCAAUCAAGAAUGACCUGGCCAGCCGCAACCCCACCUUCAUGGGACUAGCUUUGCAUUGUAUAGCCAAUGUGGGUAGUCGGGAAAUGGCAGAAGCAUUUGCUGGAGAAAUUCCAAAAAUACUUGUAGCUGGAGACACCAUGGAUAGUGUGAAGCAGAGUGCUGCCUUGUGCUUGCUGCGUUUGUACAGAACUUCUCCUGACUUCGUUCCCAUGGGAGAUUGGACAUCCAGGGUGGUGCAUCUUCUGAAUGACCAGCAUUUGGGUGUGGUUACUGCUGCUACCAGUCUUAUCACUACUUUGGCACAGAAGAACCCAGAAGAGUUUAAAACUUCAGUAUCUUUGGCUGUCUCUAGGCUAAGCAGAAUUGUGACAUCUGCAUCAACCGAUCUCCAGGAUUAUACCUAUUAUUUUGUCCCUGCUCCUUGGUUGUCUGUAAAGCUUUUGAGGUUGUUACAGUGCUAUCCACCUCCAGAAGAUGCUGCGGUACGUGGUCGUCUCACAGAAUGCCUGGAAACUAUCCUUAACAAAGCUCAGGAGCCCCCAAAAUCUAAGAAAGUGCAACACUCAAAUGCUAAGAAUGCUGUGCUAUUUGAGGCAAUAAGCUUAAUUAUACACCAUGACAGCGAGCCAAACCUGCUAGUCCGUGCCUGUAACCAACUAGGUCAGUUCUUGCAGCACCGGGAGACUAAUCUGCGUUAUCUAGCACUGGAAAGCAUGUGCACGCUUGCCAGCUCUGAAUUUUCCCAUGAAGCCGUGAAAACUCAUAUAGAAACAGUUAUCAAUGCAUUGAAGACCGAAAGGGAUGUGAGUGUAAGACAAAGAGCAGUAGAUCUCCUGUAUGCCAUGUGUGACCGAAGCAAUGCCCAGCAGAUUGUUGCCGAAAUGCUAAAUUACUUGGAGACUGCUGAUUAUUCCAUUAGAGAAGAAAUUGUGCUGAAGGUUGCAAUUCUAGCUGAGAAGUAUGCAGUGGAUUAUACCUGGUAUGUGGAUACAAUCUUGAAUUUGAUUCGUAUUGCCGGGGACUACGUCAGUGAAGAGGUGUGGUACAGAGUUAUUCAGAUUGUGAUUAACAGGGAUGAUGUGCAAGGAUAUGCAGCAAAGACAGUCUUUGAGGCCCUUCAGGCACCAGCAUGCCAUGAAAAUCUGGUAAAAGUAGGUGGCUACAUCCUGGGAGAAUUUGGAAAUCUAAUAGCUGGUGACCCAAGAUCUAGUCCUCUGAUUCAAUUCAACUUGCUGCACUCCAAGUUUCAUCUGUGUAGUGUCCCCACCCGUGCACUGCUUCUGUCUACCUACAUCAAGUUUGUGAACCUAUUUCCAGAAAUCAAAACUACCAUUCAAGAUGUACUGCGCAGUGAUAGUCAGCUGAAGAAUGCUGAUGUUGAACUACAGCAGAGAGCCGUUGAAUACCUGAGGCUCAGUACCAUUGCUAGUACUGAUAUCUUGGCAACUGUGCUAGAAGAAAUGCCUCCAUUUCCAGAGAGGGAGUCAUCCAUUCUGGCUAAGCUGAAGAAGAAGAAAGGCCCUGGCACAGUUACUGACCUAGAAGAGAUCAAAAAGGAGAGGAACUCUGAUGUGAAUGGAGGCACUGAAUCCACCCCUGUUAAUGCCAGUACUGUGGCCUUGCCUGAUUCUCCACUUCAGGGCUCACUGGCUGAACUAGUUACUGGGCCCAGACCUCGCCCUUCUCGUCUGAAUUCUUCUCGUUUAGCCAUCCACAACCUUCAGACAGGAGUUCCUUGUUUGUUUAAAGGAUUCUUCACUUCUGAGUCUACUCCUUCUCCAUCAGCAGACCUUCUGGGCCUCGGUGCAGCUCCUCUCACCAGCUCUGCUCCUCCCCCUUCCUCUACUGGCAGUUUGCUGGUGGAUGUAUUUUCAGACUCUGCUUCUGUGGUUGCACCUCUUGCUCCUGGCUCUGAAGAUAAUUUUGCAAGCCCUGACCUGGCUUCAUCUGAGGUAGUUUCUGAGGAACCAGCUGAUACUGUGCAUGAUGCUGAUGAGCUUAUUCACAAGUUUGUAUGUAAAAAUAAUGGAGUUUUGUUUGAAAAUCAGCUGCUGCAGAUUGGACUGAAAUCUGAAUUUCGACAGAACUUGGGUCGGAUGUUUAUAUUUUAUGGUAACAAGACUUCCACUCAGUUCUUGAAUUUUACUCCAACACUAAUCUGUUCAGAUGAACUUCAGUCAAGCCUGAACCUGCAAACAAAACCAGUGGACCCGACAGUGGAUGGGGGCGCUCAGGUGCAGCAAGUUGUGAAUAUUGAGUGCAUAUCAGACUUCAUGGAAGCUCCAAUCCUAAACAUUCAAUUCAGAUAUGGGGGAACAUUUCAAAAUAUUUCAGUAAAACUACCAAUCACACUGAACAAAUUUUUCCAACCUACGGAGAUGGCCUCUCAAGACUUCUUCCAGCGUUGGAAACAACUGAGCAAUCCUCAGCAAGAAAUGCAGAACAUCUUUAAAGCAAAGCAUCCAAUGGAUACAGAGAUCACAAAGGCAAAGAUCAUUGGCUUUGGCUCUGCUCUCCUUGAAGAGGUAGAUCCCAACCCUGCUAAUUUUGUUGGUGCUGGUAUAAUACACACAAAAACUACCCAGAUUGGAUGUUUGCUGCGUCUUGAACCCAACCUUCAGGCACAGAUGUAUAGACUCACACUACGAACAAGUAAAGAAACCGUAUCUCAGAGAUUAUGUGAACUGCUGUCAGAACAGUUUUAAUAGUAACAAGAUCAGUCCAGUUUUGUUUCUCCAUUUCUGCCAUAGUUGUCCUCAUCCUGCUGCAAAUAAAUGUCUUGUACAUCAGUGUCUGAGUACUGCAACAUUACCCACCACCAACUCCCAGCCUUAAAAGGACUUGUCCCUUUCAUAUGAAAUUAAGGAUAUAAAAUGUACGGUAUAAAAUGACUUCUAGAUAUAAAAAAAUCAUGGCUUUUUAGCUUAUGCUAUAUAAAGGAUGGGAGCGAUGUCUAUCUUAAUUGUGCUCUAUUUUUUGUGUUUAAGAAGUUGGGCUUUUUAAAAUUUAACUAAAGGGAAAUGAGCUUAGGCAAGUGUGAUAACUCUGAGUAUUCUCAUUGAAAUGCCACUGUAAAUUGCUGGUAGCAUGGUGCUUUAGUGCCUUUACUAAGUGCACCUUUCUGCUUUGAGCUAAAAGAAACCAAAUGUAAUGUCCAGUGAGCUUAAUUCAUAUGUUUGUUGAAGGUCAGAUUGACCAAUCUGCAAGAAAUUGAUCCGACACUUCAGUUCUGGAUUAAGAUUGUCAGAAGUGAUGUGACUGGUUGACUGAACUCAUGAGUGAAGUUUCUGAAAGGUAUUGGCACCAAGUUUGUGAUGGGUAGAGAGGACAGAUUCCAGGGUAUGUUUUAAAAUCUUGUUGUUCAGUCAGAGCACUGCCAUAUCACACAGUAGAAUAUAUUGCUUAGUCAGUGUAGCAUUAAUAUUCAGUUGACUUCUACUGCACAUGUAAAUUUUUCAGGACCAAAUUUUUGAAAAGAUUAAUAUUCUCAACAUCCCCCUUUACACUAGCUUUGAGUUCAGUUUUUCUCCUUUUUGCAACACAGGAUGCAGGAGGAAAUUUUUUUGCUUAGCAGUUAUUUAUAAUUCAAUUGAGGAAGAGGGGAUGUAAGAAAUCCAAAAUGGAUUGCAUGAAAUGUCCUUCAGAGUCAAUAUUGGGUCAUUCGUCUAUACACGUCUGUUUUUUCAUCUUGAGGAAAGCAAUACCUUAACUAGUCUUGGUUUUCCUGUUCUUAGUCAAAUGGAGCAACUGAGGAUACGAAGGAUGUCCAUUUGGUUUCUGUGUUCCCUGUCAGAUUGUUUCUUGGUAAUGUUGAUUACCUAAUUAACACUGCAUCAGUCAUGGAGAGCAGGUUAUGAUCACAUGAUGCUGCAACACAAAAACAGAGGGUGGGGAGAAAUCAUCCUAUCUGAUCCUCAAGGCACAAUAUGUCCAUUUGACUUUUUAAAAAAUGAAGUACAAGAUCUAAUUUUAGACAAUAUUUUCUCAGAUAACAUUUAUUGUUUAAUCAUGUGACCAAAUUGCUGGGCAGUGAACAAUUAAUACUUGUACAAUUCCUUCUCUGCACUGCAGAGAAGCAUAGUAGUGGUGAAAAGAAUCUCCUACAGUCAUGUCAGGUAUGUGUGUUUGGUUUCUUUUGAGGUUGGGAGUAGAAAGGCUAUAACGUUGAGCUUUUACAGUGGUUUUCCUGACUCUAUGCAUUAAUAGCUCAUUGUUCUACAAGAGCAAAGAUUUGCAUCUCCUCUGAAGAAAUCAAUUAAACAUAAUUGUCUUGUUUACAUCCUUCAGACUUUUAGAUGCACCAAAGGUUACCUAAGCAGAUCAAGCUCUGCUGUUAAGACAGGCUGGGAAUUAGCAGCUAUCAACAGUAGGGAUGUGUGGGACAGAUUAAAUACAAAGGAGCAUGUCUGCCAACACUGGAGUCACAAGUUACAAGCAAUCGCUCAUAUUCAGAUUGUAAAAUUUCUCUCUGAGACUAUAUAUAUCUCUUUAAGACCUACUGUCUUACAGUAUGGACAUUUGUAACCAAGCACACCCUUACUAUGAUGGCUUGAGAUGCAGUACUAGUAAGAUGUUGGAACUGCACACUAAAUGAGGCUUCUGUUGACAUGCAGCACAAUGCACUUGUGAGGAAUUGGAUGCUGCAUGACUAAACAUGCCUUGUGACUUCUUACUUUUUAGAUGACUCAGGCAAUGGAACUGGAUAGGUAUUAACUUGGUUCAGUCAAGGGCCAGUGAUGUAUUUUGAAUGCAAGUUAAAAAUGAAAGACCAAAUCCUUCAAAAGUGACUAGUGAUUGUGGAUGCCACAAUUUUUGGGUGUCUGUUGAGAUCGCUUACAGGGGCCAGAUUUUCUGACAGUGUUGAGCACCCUCCUUCUGAAAAUCAGGCCCCUUUAGGGUGUCCCAUAUUGGGCACCAACAAAUUACUAGCCAUUCUUUAAAACCUUUGACGUCUCCUACAAACAAGUUUGGCUAGGUAAACUGAAGUACUGUACUGAACUACCUUCUGAAUUUGGCAAUUAAAAAUAACGGACAGUAACUAGAGCCAAUGAAGUCCCAAAUGACCCUUAGUUGGGGGGUGGAGGGGUGUCCCAAAUAAGUCCUUUUUAAUGGGCACAUUUUUGUACCCUUGGAACCUGUGCUGUUGUGUGCUAUAUUAUAAAAAAUUGAGAUGUUAAACCAUGCUAUGUUAAAGUGAGUGCUGCAGCAGAUGCAAGGAGAGAGCUGCUAUUUCAUUCUUCCAAAUCCCAUUGUACAUCUGUCCCUCUGGAAAUACAGAUCCUAUAUCUUCAUUAAAGGACACCUGAGACACUGUUUUUGUGUACUGUUUUAGUUCACUUUGCUUUGGUUCAAGUUGUGGUGAAUUGUGUAUUAAAUGUGGGGAGGAGGAGGAAGAAGGAUUAAUAAAUGUCUUAGAAUGUUGGAUGUAUUAAAAAAAAGUAAUCAAGCUUUAUUCAAAUGUCCGCAAUUCUGUAUUUGAUGAGAUGGUUCAGAGAGCCACACUAGCAGUGUUGUGAACAAAACUAAAGACAAAUAUUGUUUGCUUUGUGAAAUGAUGGUUGGACAUUACCAAAGUGAUUGUAUCCUCUCUCAAGCAGUUUAUGCAGUGAAAACAGUAUUAUUGUUCAAAGUACAGUAUUAGGCAUUGACACAUGAAAAUAACUGAACAGCAGGACAGAUUAUUGUGCACUUUUUGAUCUACACUCCAAUGUGUAACAUUUAUGGUGAUCAUUUCAUUUGUAUAAAUCAAAAGAAAAUUCUGACAAAUUGGAGGAUUUUCUUUAUUAUGACUAUAUAGAAGAUUGAAAAGAAAUAAAUGCAUCAAAAGAACUAUGUUACCUUGAAACAAAAAAUAAAUGGUUAGAACAGUAACCUAA